CUGUCAUUAGUGCUUCCCGAAGAUUCCCGCGUAAAUUACUUCCCUUGUGCCGUAAAAAAUAUAUCAACAUGGCUUCGUCGCGAAACUGCCGUAAGCGCCGUCAUUCCCCUGUUAACUACAAACAAUUUCACGAAACUGGAAGAACACCAUCGUCUGAAUCAACUGAAAGCACAGACGACCCAAUAAAAGCUGAUUUUGAGAGUGAGAGUACGUCGGGCUACAAGAAAGCUAAGGAGCGCAGUACACCAUUUCCCGAUGGCAAUGGGAAUGCCUCUGGCUCUGCGGGGUCUCCGUGUAAAGGAACAGAAGAAACUAAUGAUAGCAGUACGUUUAAAAAGAACGAACAGACUGAUAAAUGUAAGACCACUAAUGGUGCGAGCACUGCCACAGGUACUGAGUUUGACGAUGGCUUACCAAGAUUUUACAGUAGACCUAGAAAUGAGAGAUCUAAUCCAAUGUAUGACACAUAUUUUUCGAGCGACACAGAUGAUAACGACAGUGGAGAUGAUGUUGUGUCAAAUUCAAACAAUGAGACUGACGGCGAGCUCCAGACGGGCAACGCAGAAAUGGAUGUUGAAGACAAUUCUCAAUCUCAUGCAGAAGAAAAUGUCCAAGAACCAAACACCACAGUCAAUGCUGAUAAACUGUCUGUUGGUUCUGCAGGAACUUCAAGUGUAGCUGGUAAUUCAUCAGAACAUUGGAGGACAUUGGGAAAUAAAAUUUAUGUCACUGCCUCCAAAAACCUUAGUCCAUUUAUUCAGAAAGAACGACUGACGAAAGCUUCAGGACACUACUACAAGGCUUUGAAUUUCAGCCAAUCAGAAGGAGAUACAGUGUCGGCUUCCAAAAAUCUUGGCAUGGUAUCUUGGCGGAUUGCUGAAUUGGAGAACAGACUAUCAACCAUGACAUAUUUCUUUAAAGAAGCAUUUAAAUAUUUUUCUUUUUCUUGGAGAGACUCCUCCAAUGGUGUCAAACCGCAGAGUUGGCGUGAUGGUGUAUUUGCAAAUGCAACUGCAUGUUUAGAGUGUUUUAAAUUGAAAAUAGCAGAUGUAAAUAUAGAAGAAAGAUUAAAGAUCUUUACUGACAUUAUAGAUACUAUUAGGAUUGAAAAUGUUAAAUGUAGCGUUUAUAUAGAGUUAGGAAGUUGUCUGUUUCAUCAAGCUGUUUAUGCUUUACAGAACAAUGACUUUAAGAAAGCUAUUUAUGUAUUAAAAGAAACAUUUUUUCCUCUGAAUGAAACCAAAAGAAUUGGAAAAGGAGUAACAGUAAUUGAGGCUGAGGCAAGAAUUUUAGAAGAGGAUGUUUUCAUGCAUUCUUGCAUGGCUGAGUCAAUACAGGCAAGAGAGAUAGGGGAUGGUAUAUUUAGGAAAGUUUUAUUAGAUGAGGAAAAGCUUAACAUGGACAUGGUGUAUGAGAUGAUUGACUGGUACAAACAAGCCAUUCUACGUACCCGAGAGGUGACAGAGGUAGAGUUAGAGGCUAUUGCACUCAGUAGGAUGGGAAGAGUAUAUGACAAAAUACUGAAGCUAAAGUACAAAGCUAAAGAGUACCUGAUGAGGUCAAUACAGUUGGCACAUUCUAUGCAUCCAAGGACAUUCCAUGGAGAAGACUGGUUUAAGGAAUGUAGUGACAUCUUAGAACGGUACCAGAGAGAAACAGUCCAAGAAGAAGAUAGCAAAUGGCAGAAAGAGAAAGAAGAGCUAAUGAAGGAACUUUCAAAAGAAAUGAAGGAUAUUGAAAAGAAUGACAAAAAAGAUUCCGAAGACUUUUUGAAGUUUGUAUAUAGAGUUUUUCCACCAAAAAAUCCAGAACACAAAUUGCUUGGUAUUCCACGCAAGAAAGGAGUACAUUUAGAUUCACCAGUAUUGAAAAAAAUUCUACAAAAAGCCAUAGUGCAUUUUCACCCUGAUAGGGUGAAUGCUGAUAAACAUGGAAAAGCAUGGAAAGUUAUUGCCGAGGAGAUCACCAAGUGUCUAACAAGAAGAUAUGAAUGUUUAAAGUGAGCUUUUUGUACUGACAUCAGUGUUUGUAAUGUCACCAGAAGAUAUGAAUGUUUAAAGUGAGCUUUUUGUACUGUCACCAGUGUUUGUAAUGUCACCAGAAGAUAUGAAUGUUAAAAGUGAUCUUUUUGUACUGUCACCAGUGUUUGUAAUGUCACCAGAAGAUAUAAAUGUUUAAAGUGAGCUUUUUGUACUGUCACCAGUGUUUGUAAUGUCACCAGAAGAUAUGAAUGUUUAAAGUGAGCUUUUUGUACUGUCACCAGUGUUUGUAAUGUCACCAGAAGAUAUGAAUGUUUAAAGUGAGCUUUUUGUACUGUCACCAGUGUUUGUAAUGUCACCAGAAGAUAUGAAUGUUUAAAGUGAUCUUCUUCAACUAUUGAUUAUAUUUCAAGGAAUGAGUUGACAGUUAACUUAUGAGAGUUAAUUGAAUAUUUCACAGCAAACAGUAGAAUAUGGGGUCAUUUGUUAAAUAGGUAUAGAUGUUUUCAUGAACAUUUGGAAGGAUUGAAAUGGUGCGAGUUUUUAGUUCUUCAUCAGACAAAAUAAGUAGAAGAUAUAGUGCUUGAUGAGUUUUUAGUUUUUAUCAGACAGUAGUCAUUAUAUAGUGCUGAAAUACUACUGUUUACAGUUCAGAAUUUUUAUUUUAUGUUGAGGUCAUUUUAAUCAUGCUUGUUUUUGUACUUUUUAAAAACCCUUUCCUGUAUUUUAAUCCUAUGUAAUAUUUUGCAUGACAUUUUUGUAUGUUUUUUUAUAUAACCUAAAAGGUUGACUUGGUACCUUUAUUGUUGUUGAAAUUUUGAAUAAAAAUUCUCAUCUUUACUGCUGUAUCAACAGAAAGCAAGCUAGACCACGAGUGUCAUAUGCAUUCUGUAAUAGGUUAUAAUUACUAAGUUUUAAAAUUCUACCCAGCAGAGUAGCUGACCAAUCAUAAAGGCUACAUAUGCAAAAAAACAAAUCGAACAGACAAAAAAACUUGAUGGUCAUGCAUGAAGGUGUGUCUUUUUUUCAAUCCUUGGUUAAGUUCAGAAAAGUUUUGUCUGCCAUUACCCCGGUUGUCUUAAUACAAGCAAGUUAAAGGUUUGGUUUGCUUGCUUGCUUGCUUGCUUGCUUUGUUUGUAUUAAGGUUUGCUCAAGCAUUGUAAUUAAGAUUGACAUCUGCAAAUAAUAUAAGUAGGCAGAGUAAAACCUGUUUAUGGGUAAAUUUGAUCAUUUGAUAAUGUCCAAUCAAAUUUAGAUAAGUUAAAAUAUGCCUUUUUAGUUUGUUUUCAGAUGUCUAAAUUACAAUGCUUCAGCAAACAUUAAUACAAACAAAGCAAGUUAGCAAACCAAACCUUAACUUGCUAGCAUUAGGAUAACAGCUGUAACAUAAUAUGAAAUGCAUUUUCUUUGUGAUUGUAAAUAGCUUUACUGUAGUUUUUUAUGUAGAAUACCUUAACAUUAGCAUAACCAGUACAUGUACAUGUGUUCAUUCAAAUUUGGAAGAAGAAAAUAAUGGUGAAAUAUAAAACAUAGCCAUCAUGGCUUAUGCACUGGGAAAAUAAUAUAUGAAUUUAUUCUUUUUUAAAGACCUUGUAAUUUCAUUUUUUAAAAGUCAAGAAUUUCUUUAAUAGUUCUAAUACCUCGAGAUCUACUGGCAUUCAACUGAUUUUAAUAUAAUUCUACAUACAUACAUGUACAUCAAUGUGAGGUUACAUAAUCUUUAUAGGAACACUUCUAGGAUUUAAAAUGACUGUGCAUGUGCAUUGUAUUUUUAAUUUGUUAUUACAUCAUUUAGAAUCAGUAUUACAUAUGAAGUUGUUUGAUAUUUUUAUUUAGAAUAAGUAUUAGAUAUAUGUACCUUUAUGCUAUUUCAAUCUGAUUCAAAUAAGAUCUUUCACUUUGAUCUCAUAGAAAUGUUUGCACCUCAUUAAAAAUGUAAUCAUUUCUAGUAAGUGGACAUGUUUGAUGAUCUUUUAUGUAAUUUUUAAAUCAGAAAAUAGUUUUAUGGGAUAUGCUGCAACAAAAUUUCCCACAAACGUAGUUUAAGUCAUUUUUAGCUCACCUGGCAUGAAGUUGUCCGUCGUCGUUGUUAACUUUUACAAAAAUCUUCUCCUCUGAAACUACUGGGCCAAAUUGUACCAAACUUGGCCACAAUCAUCAUUGGGGUAUCUAGUUUAAAAAAUGUGUGGCGUGACCCGGUCAACCAACCAAGAUGGCCGUCACGGCUAAAAAUAGAACAUAGGGGUAAAAUGCAGUUUUUGGCUUAUAACUCAAAAACAAAGCAUUUAGAGGAAAUCUGACAUGGGGUAAAAAUGUUUAUCAGGUCAAUUUCUAUCUGCUCUAAAAUUUUCAGAUGAAUCGGUCAACUCGUUGUUGGGUUGCUGCCCCUGAAUUGGUAAUUUUGAGGAAAUUUUGCUGUUUUUGGUUAUUAUCUUGAAUAUUAUUAUAGAUAGAGAUAAACUUUAAACAGCAAUAAUGUUCAGCAAAGUUAGAUUUACAAAUAAAUCAACAUGACCAAAAUGGUCAGUUGACCCGUUAAGGAGUUAUUGUCCUUUACAGUCAAUUUUUAACAAUUUUUCGUAAAUCUUAGUUCACUUUUACAAAAAUCUUCUCCUCUGAAACUACUGGGCCAAAUUGUACCAAACUUGGCCACAAUCAUCAUUGGGGUAUCUAGUUUAAAAAAUGUGUGGCGUGACCGGGUCAACCAACCAAGAUGGCCGCCACGGCUAAAAAUAGAACAUAGGGGUAAAAUGCAGUUUUUGGCUUAUAACUCAAAAACCAAAGCAUUUACAGGAAAUCUAACAUGGGGUAAAAAUGUUUAUCAGGUCAAGAUCUAUCUGCCCUGAAAUUUUCAGACGAAUCGGACAAGCCGUUGCUGGGUUGCUGCCCCAGAAUUGGUCAUUUUAAGGGAAUUUAACCGUUUUUGGUUAUGAUCUUGAAUAUUAUUAUAGAUAGAGAUAAACUGUAUACAGCAAUAAUGUUCAGCAAAGUAAGAUCUACAAAAAAGUCAACAUGACCAAAAUGGUCAGUUGAUCUUUUAAGGAGUUAUUGCCCUUUAUAGUUAUUUUUUGUCAUUUUUUCGUAAAGUUUUGUUAUUUUAUACAAAAAUCUUCUCCUCUGAAACUACUGAGACAAUUAAAUCAAACUUGUCCACAAUCAUCAUUAGGGUAUCGAUCAUGUUUUAAAAAUGUGUUCAAUGACCCUGUCUGCCAACCAAGAUGACAGACAUGACUAAUAAUAGUACAUAGGGUAAAAUGCAGUUUUUGGCUUAUAACUCAAAAAUCAAAGCAUUUAGAGCUAAUUUGAUUGUUUAUUAGAUCAAGAUCUAUCUGCCCUGUAGUUUUCAGAUGAAUGAGACAACCCAUUGUUGGUUUGCUGCCCCUGAAUCGGUAAUUUUAAGGAAAUUUUGCUGUUUUUGGUUAUUAUCUUGAACAUUAUUAUAGAUAGAGAUAAACUGUAAACAGCAAUUAUGUUCAGCAAAGUAAGAUUUACAAAUAAGUCAACAUGACCGAAAUGGUCAAUUGACCCCCUAAGGAAUUAUUGUCCUUUAUAGUCAAUUUUUAACAAUUUUCAUAAAAUUUGUAAAUUUUUAUUAACAUUUUCCACUGAAACUACUGGGCCAAGUUCAUUAUAGAUAGAGAUUAAUGAAAGCAUCAAGACGGUUUAGUAAAGUAAAAUUUACAAACACAUCACCAUCACCAAAACACAAUUUUGUCAUGAAUCCAUCUGCUUCCUUUGUUUAAUAUUCACAUAGACCAAGGUGAGCGACACAGGCUCUUUAGAGCCUCUAGUUUUAUGUAGAAUUAGUAUUAGAUAUUGUGUUAUUUGAAGAAGUUGAUGAAAAUCCUUUUGAGUAACCUUGGUGUGCAUGUGCAUGUACAUCUUGGUGUCUGUUUGAUCAAUAAUCAUGUAACCUUGUUGGUAGGUAUAUCUAUUGUAUUUAGUGUUGUCUUUCAAGAGCAUUAGUGGAUCCAUGUUUCAUGGUUUGAAAACCUUUGGGUGGUUAACAUCUUUGUAAUAGAAUCAUCUAAAGUUGUCAUUGUGGGAAUUUAAAAAUUUUGUGUUGAUGGCAAAUCUUUUUGAUAGUCAGUAUUAUUAGCUCACCUGGCCCAAAGGGCCAAGUGAGCUUUUCUCAUCACUUUGCGUCCGUCGUCCGUCGUCGUCGUCGUCCGGCGUUAACUUUUACAAAAAUCUUCUCCUCUGAAACUACUGGGCCAAAUUUAACCAAACUUGGCCACAAUCAUCAUUGGGGUAUCUAGUUCAGAAAUUGUGUCCGGUGACCCCGCCAACCAACCAAGAUGGCCGCCAUGGCUAAAAAUAGAACAUAGGGGUAAAAUGCAGUUUUUGGCUUAUAACUCAAAAACCAAAGCAUUUAGAGCAAAUCUGACGGAGAUUAAAUUGUUAAUCAGGUUAAGAACUAUCUGCCCUGAAAUUUUCAGAUGAAUCUGACAUUCCGUUGUUAGGUUGCUGCCCCUGAAUUGGUAAUUUUAAGGAAAUUUUGUUGUUUUUGGUUAUUAUCUUGAAUAUUAUUUUAGAUAGAGAUAAACUGUAAACAGCAAUAAUGUUCAGCAAAGUAAGAUCUACAAAUAAGUCAACAUGACCAAAAUGGUCAGUUGACCACUUUAGGAGUUAUUGCCCUUUAUAGCCAAUUUUUAACCAUUUUUCGUAAAUCUUAGUAAUCUUUUAGUAAAAAUCUUCUCCUCUGAAACUACUGGGCCAAAUAAAUUGAAACUUGGCCACAAUCAUCAUUGGGGUAUCUAGUUUGAAAAUUGUGUCCGAUGACCCCGCCAACCAACCAAGAUGGCCACCACAUCUAAAAAUAGAACAUAGGGGUAAAAUGCAGUUUUUGGCUUAUAACGCAAAAACCAAAGCAUUAAGAGUAAAUCUGACACGACGUAAAAUUGUUGAUCAGGUCAAGAUCUAUCUGCCCUGGAAUUUGCAGAUGAAUUGGAUCAUCGGUUGUUAGGCUGCUGCCCCUGAAUUAGUAAUUUUGAAGAAAUUUUGCUGUUUUUUUUGUUAUUAUCUUGAAUAUUAUUAUAGAUAGUGAUAAACUGUAAACAGCAAUUAUGUACAGCAAAGUAAGAACUAAAAAUAAGUCAACAUAACCAAAAUAGUCAAUUGACCCCCUAAGGAGUUAUUGCCCUUCAUUGUAAAUUUUUAAUAAUUUUCACAAAAUUAAUUUUCACAAAAUUUGUAGAUUUUCACCAAUAUUUUCCACAGAAAUUACUGUUAUAGAUAGAGAUAAUUGUAAGCAGCAAAAAUGUUUAGUAAAGUAAGAUCUACAAACACAUCACCAUCACCAAAACACAAUUUUGUCAUGAAUCCA